AUGGCAUCCCUAUCAAACGCCGCAAGACUCUCUUGGAGCAACCUCGAGUUGAUCGCCCAACCCACUCUACCCGACCUACUUAAAGGCUUCCUCUACUGCAAACUCGCCGCAGACAUCGAGGUCCCUGAGCACACGCCGUCUCGCAAGCGCUACUGGUUGAGCGAAGCCGCCAAGAUUCUCGAUUUGCUCAAAGAGCGCAACGACCCUGCACAGAUCAUUGAGCAGCUCACAACCCUGCUUGAAGGGGCUACUGCUGUGGUCCAGGCUUGGGAGAAGGAAUCGCCGGAGGGUCGCCUUGCGGCUGCGGCGGAGCAGGAGCAGCUGCUGGAGGAUCACGAAGCCGUUGGUACUAAGGAGGAAAGUGAGGAGGUCGAGAUGGACUCUACGACGCGGUCUCGCAUUUUGGCCUCGAAAUCUAUGGAGGCGCAAGCGAACACGCCGGACAAGUGA